AUGGAGUAUAUUACUCAGUCUAUUGCUCCAAUAGAUUUUUUAAUUCCAGAAGAUGUUAUUUCAAAUUCAUCUGAAAUACUUGUUCUCACACAUGUUAAGUUUCAAUGGAAGAAAAUAAAUAAAAUAGCACUUCGGAUUUUUAUAUUACUAUUAAUAUUUUGUUUAAUUACAAUUAUCACGUUGAUAAUUUUAUUAGUAUACAAAAAAUAUGGUGCUAUACAAUCAUCAUCAAAUAAAACUAAUGAAAAAUAUAAACGAUAUGAUAUUUUAUGGUCAUUUGAUGAUAAUUGUAAUGAUAUAAAUAAUUCUUAUCCUGGUUUUCUGGUAAACAAUCCUUUUUAUACUAAUGGAUAUAUUGAUAAAGCAUUAUCUUUAAAUGGUAUUAAUCAAUAUGUUGAAACAUCAGCAUUUAUUAAUUUUUCGAAUCGUAGUUUUACUGUUGAAGUUUGGGUAUAUUGGAUUGAUUGUUACAAUUAUACAUUCAAUGGAAUUCUUGGUCAAUAUUCAUGUGAUGAAAGUUGUAUCAGCAAAAAUUUACAUUUGAUGAUACGAGAUAAAGUUGCUUAUAUGGGAUUCUAUGAGAAUGAUCUACG